UCUCUUUCUCUGUCUCUGUCUCCCUCCCUGUCAAACGCGUGGAUGCGUAUUAUACCCAUCAUCUCAAUUCUCAACUCUCAUUUUUCAAUCCUUAUACGGACAUUGUCCGCUGAUGUUACCUAGAAAGCAAUAAGAGGGAGGAGGGAGAGAGAGAGAUAGAGGGAGAGGCGUGAGACGGAGGGAGAGAGAGAGAGAGAUGGGGGGAGAGAAGGAGAGAAAGACAAGGGGGGUUUGAGUGGUGACACUGAUGAUGGUUGAACGUGGAACUGUAGCUGAAAAAUGGAAACCCCCCAAACUUUUCUUCAAUGGAAAGCUCAAAUGGGUCCCUCAGCCCAACCCCAACUGUCACCAAUUCUUCUACUAUCAGCCAACAGAGUAAAGCUCUCUCCUUUCUCUUUCUCAACUUUCCUUUUCCUAUUCUUCUUCUUCCUUCUUCUUCUCUCUUCACUCUUUCUCUGUCCUCUCCCUUUCCACUGAAAAUUCCACGUUAUAAAAACAUGGGUCGGUGCUAAAUAAGCAUUUGGGCAUCUCUUUUUCGCCUGUCAAAAGAUACCCACCAAGGAAAAGUUUUGGUUUUGCUGAGUUUUUUCUCAGAAAAUUUGCAGAAUUGCGUGAUGUGGGUAUUCCAUGGCCAUGACACCCAUAAAGAAAAAGCUUCAAUUUUGAUUAUAUUUAUGCUAGAAUUUCCAGAUUCUUGAUUUGGGUUUUUUCAAAAAGCUUGAUUUUUUUGGAUCUUUCGUUGUGAAUUGGCGGUAAUCAUACAGAAUUGAAGUGUUUUUUCUUCUUCUUUUAAUUCUAUCCUUUUGGUGGGUUUGGAGCUUUGACAUUGAAGUUGAACUUUCAACUCCUUAUAGCCAUAAACCUGAUUUUGUUGAAUUGUGGGAGCUGUCGGUUUGAAUAAAAUGUACAGAAACCAUAAAAAUAAAAAUAAAGUGGAAUUGAUGGCUAUAGCAUCUGGGUUUUUUUUUUCUAUUUUCGUCUUAUCCUUCCUCAAAGCCCAUCUCUAAAUACUUACCAUAGUUGAGGUUUCAAGGCUGAAAUUUCAAGGAGUGCAGUCAUCCAAUUGGCUUUUUCAUCAAAGAGAGGAUUGAAUUAUUAAAAUUUGGCCUUUUUUUAGUGAAGAAUAUUUGAUGCUGCUUAAGGCUUAUGGAUGAAGAAAGGAAGCUUUGAUACCUUGCCAUCCAAAGAAAAGCUUUAGUAUCUUGAGCUUUACUCUGUUGAGAGAAAAAAAACCCAGAGGGUUUGAUUUGAAUUUUUGUGGGUUUCUCUUUGAUUCUCAUAUCUGGCUGCAUCAUCACUCUUCUUUGGGAAUAUCAAAUUGAAUUUCAGCUAUGCUGAUUUCCUUGGAAAAUGGAGCAAAGUAUCGAUUCAAGUCAGCACGAAAAUAAUAGAAAAUAUGAUCUUAGGGGAGAAAAUAUUUCAGAGCUGCAGGAGAACAAUCUAAAGCAUGGGUUGUUGAAAGAUUAUUGGUUCAAUGUGGCCCUAAAAUAAGGAAAAUUAGAUGAACACAACAUUCUGAAGCUGCAGAAUAAUCCAUUAAUGAUGGGAAAGAGAUCGCAGAGGCGCCCUGUGCGAUAUGAAAAAGGUCAGUCGGGCUGCAUGUGGAGUUUGAUUAAUAUGUUUGACUUCCGCCAUGGUCGAUCCACUCGGAGGCUUCUGUCAGAUAGGAAGCGUGACAACUGGCAGGCUGUCGGCGAAGGAUAUUCAAAGGGUACAUUUAGCUUGUUGACCGACUUUGAUGAGAAAUGUCAAGGCACUGAUGAUGGGGAUGAGUGCCAGAUGGUGACAGCUGAUUCUUGUAAACCAAGCAUGAAAAAACUCAUAGAGGAAGAGAUGUCAAACGAGGAGGAAGUGAAGAAGCAGAUGACCAGUGAUGAAGUAGAACCAAAACAAUCCGAUCCAGAAAAAGGAGACCCCAUAAGAAAGAAUCGAAGAAGAAUAAACAAAAGCAAGAAAACAUGCAAUGUGCACAUCCACAAUAAUGCUGGAUCGGGAAAUUUGUCUAAUUACAAUUCAGAGCAACAAUUUAUGAGUAGUCUUGAUCUAGAUGCAAUAAUGGAAGAGCUCUGUGGCCAGAUCCAUCAGAAAAGUUCUACUUGUGGGAGGCAUGACCAUCAUGGUGAACAUAACAUGCAGCCGGAUAAGAGGUGUCCUGCUUCCGAGGAAAAGUUAAGUGAGGCAACUAAGGUGUUUAUAAGUCAGAAGUUUGCUACUGGGACUGCUGAAGACGGGAAGACGGAGAAUUCCCAAGAGUUCACAGAUGCGCUUCAGACAUUAAAUUCAAACAAAGAACUGUUUCUGAAACUCCUACAAGACCCAAACUCGCUGUUGAUGAAACACAUUCAGAACUUGCUGGAUUCUCAGGUAGAGAAAGAUGAAAAUUCCAUGUCACAUGAAAAUUCCAAUUCACAUAAAUAUUCCAAAUCACUGCCAGGAUCCAACUUACCAGAUCGAGAGCUCUUGAAUUUGAAACAGUCCAAGGAGUUUACCAAUCAUAAGCAGCAUAAAUUUUUCAGGAGAAGAUCAAAGUCUCAGGACAGUAUCUCAUUGAAUGGAAACGAGAAUUACCAAGCUUCCAAUAAAAUAGUCAUUUUGAAGCCUGGACCUGUAGACUCAAGAAAUUCUGAAACAGACAACGGUUUUGGGUCCUUGAUGCAAUCUCACAACGACAUGACAAAUACAGGGCCGAGUGAGAGAACCGUUUCCCAUUUUUCUCUUAAUGAAAUAAAAAGAAGGUUGAAGCAUGCCAUGGGAAGAGAGCGGCAAGGGACCGCUCAUAAUGGUGUUUUACAUAGAUUUCCAUCCAAUCAUCAAAGUUCAGAAGAUGGCAAUAAACGGGUUAGUGGUGAGAAUAUUGGUAUGCAUUCUCCAAAUAGAAGCCACUUCUAUACUGAAAGAAUCCCGAAACCUUCUGCUGGCAGCAAGAGGGGAGAUAAAAUUGGCAAGCUGAAAGACUGUGAAAUAAGUAUGGAACAUGACACUUUGGGCUAUCCCAACCAAAGGGUAUCUACCAUCUACUCCGAGGCCAAGAAACAUCUUUCUGAGAUGCUGAGUAAUGGGGAUGAAGAUGAGGAUAUUUUGAUCCGACAGGCUCCGAGAACACUGGGAAGGAUACUCUCUCUUCCCGAGUACAACCUUUCACCCAUUUGCAGCCCUGGGAGGGACUGGGGUAAUAACUUUGUUACUGCACAGAUGAGAUUUUCUGCUUGUGGGAAGUUUCAGAGGGUAGACGAGAACACAGGACGGCUCAAGCAAGAAAACAAUGUCGGUCAUUCAACUCCAUUGGCACAAAACUUCAAGAAUCGGACCUACCCUUCCGAUGAGAACCAGGAUGAUGAAGCACAGGGUUCUAACUCAAGUCCCAAUAUCUCAGUUGAGUUCGUUCAUGAUAACAAAGUGAAAGAAGCCUGUUCUACUAGAGAUGAGAUAAGUUCUGAAGGUGAUGUGGAGAUUGUAAAAACAAUUAAUACACUUCUAGAGGAGAACAGAGUCUUGGAUAUUUCCUCUGAAUCAAGUAGCUCCUCUGUUAUCAAAGAUGAUCAAAUGGAAUGCAUUGCAGCUGAAAGUUGUGAUGAAAAGGGAUAUAUUGAAAGCUUGAAAUCAGAUUCUGUUGAAGAGGAUCAACGGCAAUCUUCUCCAUUGGCAUCCCCAUCAAGCUCUCUGAUGGACAAAGGGGUUGUAGAUUUAGCGAGCAUCAUGGAUAGAAUAGAGAGGCCAAGUCCCAUAUCUGUUCUUGAGCCUUUAUUCACAGAAGAUGACAUCAGCCCUGCAAGCAUCAAAUCUAAACCCGUUGAACAACUAAUGCAACCACUACGAAUCCAAUUCGAAGAACAGGAUGCUUCUGCUGCACAUCUAGUUACCCAUAUUAAAAUUGGUGUGGAGAGUAAGGACUCUGUGUUUGAGUACAUAAAAGCAGUCCUGCAAAUCUCUGCCUCAAGCUUGGACGAAUUCUUCCUGAUGUCCCUUACUUCAGAUCAGAUUCUUGACCCGUCAUUGCUUGAUGAAGAAGAGAUAUCUUCCUUCCAACUUUGCCAUGACCAAAAGCUCCUGUUCAAUUGUAUUAAUGAAGUUCUCAUGGAGGUAUGUGAGCGCUAUUUUGGUUGCUUCUCUUGGGCAUCAAUUGUAAAGGCAAAUAUAAGACCAGUCCCAAACAUGAAGAACACCAUUCGUGAGGUAUGGGAAGGAGUUCACUGGCAUCUCCUUCCCCAACCUCUACCUCAUAACUUGGACCAGAUUGUCAGAAAAGACAUGGUGAAAACUGGAACAUGGAUGGAUCUUCGAUUUGAAGCCCAAAUUAUUGGUAUUGAAAUGAGUGAAGUGGUCCUCCAAGAAUUAGUGGAAGACACCAUAUUGUGCUGCAUAAAUGAAAGUUCAGAAAAUGUAUUCACAAUGCCUCAAGCUGACUUGGAGGAAGAUGAAAGCAGUGUCAAUCUGUCAAAUACGACAUCCUGUUAGCUCCUCUGGCUGAAAGGAAAGCAAACAAGCCAUAUCUUGCAUGCCAGGAAGAUGGGCUGUGUAGCAUCUUACCAAGCUAGGAGUGAACUUCUCCAGCUCUCCCUCCGAGCUUCCAUGGACAACACAUGACAUAGGUUUUUCUAACCUCAUCUACCUGAAUAAUGUAGAUACAAUUGUCAGAAUCUACCUCGUGAAUUUAACCCUGGCUGACAAGUUCUUCCAGUAUGGAAGCUAUCAGACGACGAGGCAAGAAUAAAUAAAUAAAAAAAGAAAAACAAUUCACGGGUGAUCCAUGCAAAAGUACAAAAGCUUCUGUUUUCAUGGUCAGUUCCAGGUCAGUGGAUUCUAACCUAGAGAAGAUGGAUGUGUUUCUCAUCAUUUAUCAAUGGUGUUGCUUGUUAGAAUCUGUAGGGUUUGGUGUGUUGAUUGUGAUGGGUAUGGGUGUUUGUUUGUAUCUAAAUGUUUGGAAUUUCCUUUUCUGCUUCUUCUUUCUGUUUGAUUCCAUUCAUUCUUGUUUCUGUUUUCUGGAGUGGUUUUACAGAUUUGGAAGUAUUCUGUGACUAGCUGUAAUAUAGAAGGAUAAAACACAAAAAAUAAGUAAAUGAAAGAGUUCAUACUGGAGUGUUGUUGUA